UAGAGUGGCUAAAGAACAAAACCAUUAAUACUUUACAGUGGCUUGGUUAAAGUACUGAUCUCAAACCAACUAAAAAUUUCUGGUACGAUUUUAAAAAUAGUGUACAAGUGUCAUGUGGCCAGCUUGAGCAAACUGAUGCAUAUCCUGGGUGAAUAGGUAAGAAUCCCUCAAACAGCUUUUGAAUAUGAAAAAUGAUGCUAAUCUCAAAAGAUUUAGUUAUUUCCUUGAAAAUCGCUUUUCAAAAUAUUAAUGUGUGGGGAAUGAAUGCUUAUGCAAACAAUUUUUCCUUUCCUUCUUUAGAAUUCUUUUGUAAUAUCAAAUAAUAUCACAUUAUUAUAAUAGUAAGUUUGAGUUUCAGAUCUUUUAUUACAGAGAGCAAAAUAUCUUGAUAGUAUUCAAAAUUCAUCAGAUUUAGAGAUCUGUUCCAGUGUCUUAAUUUUUUUGCAGGCACUGUAAAUGCUCUCACCUACUAGUAUAUUAUUAUUGUAAUAUUUUCCAUCUUUUUAUUUUUCUUAAAGGAGGAAAUUAAGUUUUCCUCUCAUUCACACCCCAGUACACCAAUCCACAUGAGAUUGCCUAUACAGUAUGAAUGUUGUGUAUAAUUGAAAAGAGUAUGGGGCUUAAAACUAAUUUUGUCUUUAAACAAAAAAAGCAUGCUUUGAUAAUUGUCAUUGAAAUAAAUUUGUUUUCAGUCUGAUACAUGUUCUGUUUCUUCUGUAUUAGAUCUAAACUCUAAAAAUUCAGAGUCAUCUGCUGUCUUCUACUGGGAUACUAUUAUAAGUAUUGGAGAUAAUGAGAUAUUAUAAAGGUGCUGCGAUGGGAGUGAAAGGCCUUCAGUGGUUUGUAGAAAAUGUACGGCCAGAAGUCUGUGUAGAAGUGAACCUAAAAGAAAUAGCCAAGCAGAUUCACCAGGAGCAUCCAGAGCGCACUCCAACAAUUGUGGUUGAUGCUAUGUCUUGUUUAAAGUAUUGGUACACUGCUGAUGCUUGGGUACAUGGUGGACAAUGGAAAGAAUAUCUUCACAGUAUAGAAAGCUUCAUAGAAGCUUUCACAUCUGUUGGCAUUAAAUUGGUAUUUUUCUUUGAUGGAGUUGUUGAACAGAAGAAAAGGGCAGAGUGGGUGAGACGUAGAUUGGAGAACAACAGACAAAUCGAUAAAAUUUUUCAGCAGAUUAAGACUUCUGGACAACAACCGGCAAAAGAAAUGUUCUUCAUUCCCUCUGGUCUUGCUACAUUCUCUCGAUUUGCUUUGAAAUCACUUGGUGUUGAAACAUGGUGUUCAUUGCAAGAGGCAGAUUAUGAAAUCGCCAAAUAUGGACUACUUAAUAACUGCUUGGGUAUUCUUGGACAAGAUUCGGACUACAUUAUAUAUGAUACUGCACCAUACCUAUCCAUUAAUAAGCUGCAACUUAUCAGUAUGACAACUGUUCUUUACUCAAGAGAAAAUCUCUGUCGUUCUCUGGGACUUAAUAAAUGUGACCUCCCGCUAUUGGCCUGCAUUCUUGGUAAUGACAUUGUGUCAGUGAAUUCUUUACAAAAUCUUCGUAAAAAAUGUAUGGCUUUGUAUCAGCGAAAGCAAAAUAUGUUGCCACAACGAAGUGAUACAGUGUUAGCAGUGGCACGAUAUAUUUCAGAAUGUUUGUGCUCAAGUGACAGAAUCAAAGGAUUGGCCAGACUACCAAUCUCUGAAGAAGUCCGAAAUUUACUAGAAAGAGGAAUUCAUUCUUAUCUUCUUCCAACACAGCAAUCUCCAUGGAUUAUUUCUAAAAAGGAUAACCUAUCAGAUAUUCCUCCAUGUGUCAUGGAAAUCUGUGAGGAUGUCUUGAAGCUCUUCUGCUGUUUUGCUGUAUCAAUACUGGGAUAUUCUCAUUAAAAUUCUUACGCUAUCUUACCAAUUAGAAAUGUAGCACAUACUUCAGGCAAUGUAUGGAAUGGUGUUUUGCAAAAGAAUUAUAAAGCCAUACGAAAACCUUCUGACAGCAAUAUUUUGAUGUAUAGUUAUUGCUUUUAGUUCAUUUGAAUGCAAAACAAAAUUAUACUUUUUGAUGAUGUCUAAGUUGCUUAUUUAGUCCACAUUUAUCAAUGUAUUAAAAAAAAAAAAAGACACGAGGGAGAGGUUAGGAGC